AUGGGUUAUACGAAUUUCACUGAAUGCGCUUUGCGCUACUCUCCGCUCAACGAGAGUAUGCAGGAGCUGUAUAGCUGGCAAGGACCAGUUCGACUUAUUCCAAAGGAUCCAAGUACGCAGAUCACAACAGCGGCAUGCAAGAUUCUUUGCGGGACCGGCUCCGACUAUUAUACAUGGGCUCAAGCUAGCGGUACGAUCACCACGUGGGUGCUUCCCAUCAUGGGUGUCAUUCUGCAGGCACCAUUCGAGUCAAACGCAUUCUGGGAGACCGUGUGGUCCCUUGCGAGAUGGAUCGGUAGCCCCAUUGCUUCGCUCAGCUACAUCCUCUGGAACAUCAAAGUGUCCGGCAAAUGUGCACUGAUGGCAGACAUGGCAGCGCCAUAUGAUAGCUUCGACGAAGAUCGACGGAGCAAUUUCCAGAGCAUGCGCGACAGCCUCUAUCUGCUGGCGACGCUCAAUCAGUACAGCAUCGCUCCCGAGGUGCUGUAUACCAACAAGCACAACUCAAAGCCAGCAGAAGGUCUGCUAAGAGUUGUACUCUUCAGCAAGGAUCUCCGCCUACUAAAGAGGAGACGCCCACCAGAUGAGCUCAACGCUAUGAGGCAAAAGAUCGCACAGCAACUGCGUGAUACGCGACGGAAGGGUGUAGUCCCUGUAUUUCUAAGCACACUCUGGUUCUUGUUCGCCAUGGCUAUAUCGAUCCAAAGCUCCUUCGGCUAUGUCGGAUCGAAUGCGACUGCCCACGACUUAGCGCUUGGUUGCUUGCUCGCUUGGCUGCCGAUCCUGAUUCUGUGCGGCAUCAUCGAUCGUAACCCAGUUUCCGCUGACGACAUCAGGAAGAAGAUCAAUCGGCUCAUUGAUCACGUCCGAAAGUCUCUGAUGGAUGAGCAAGUUCGGAGGCUGUUCGCCGAAACGAUCGAUGCUGCCGAGGAGCGUGCACAGGUUGAGCGACGCAUCAACGACUUGGGUGAGCAAUGCGCUAUCAUGGGCAAUGUGCCUUUCUUUGAAGGCUUCGCUGGUCAAGCUAGGGUCCGUUGGCAUUAUGGAGCAGCGCAUCCAAUCUUAUGCGACAUUGACGACUGCUACAUCUCCGCCCAUGGGCGGCAUUGGCUGCGUGAUGAAACUCGGGCGCGCAUGUUCUUGGUGUUGGGCAGUCGAAGAGGGGGGCUGGACUGGCUCGACUACCGUGAGCUUGCUCAAGUGUCCACUGCAGUGUUCUAUGUGCUCGGUACGACAUUCGGAGCUUGGGUGCUCAGCUUUUACACCCCAACUGUAGGUCUUGGAUGCCGGUCGGGAUCAUACAUCGUCUUCAUCGUCAUCGCUUCCGCACUACUGGUGUUUGAGAUUGUAUUAUGGUGGUACUUUGACGCUAAAAAGCAUGUCGUCCGGAAGCUGAAGAGCAUGUCUACGCAAGAGAAGUGGGAUUGGUUCUUUUUCAGACCAACUGAGGCUGGUAACACAGUAUACUUACUGUACAGGACAUUGGCGCAGACAUUUGGCUCGGACAAUACUUGCGACUGCAUGUCAAGCAACUGGGCUCCAGGGGGUGGCUACAUGGACUUCAAUCAGUGGAACACCUCUAACUCUCCAUACGUCAUGCGCUACUGGAUCAUUGGGACCACCAUAGCCGUUACGGUCAUGGGUAUUGCGAUGAUCCAUAUCUGCCUGGAAUGGUGCCUCCAAAGCCACCUCAGCACGUCCGAUGCGAGAAACGCUGCCUUCGGCUUGCAGAGGGUGAGACUCUUUCGACGUUACACUUUCCCGCUUCGUUGGGUCUGCUAUCGCAUCGGCGACCUCACUCAUACCACUGAGUGUGGCCUGGCAACGCUUUUCAAGCGAUGGGGAGUGUUCAAUCCCGACUAUACUGUCAGACCGGUCGGACUCCGGUGGGCGAAGGACUCCAGGCCUCCAAUGCUACCAAAGCUUUUGCAGCGGCACAAGGAUGCAUUGCCGUCGUCAAUAGCUGCCAGAGACCGAUCCUUGAGUGUCACUUCGUUAAUGGUAGCCGGCAGAAAAGACCGUUUGUCCCGAGCCGGGAGCUUUCCGCUUGCAUACGCUCGACCUGCGAGGACAAGUGACGAGACCGCCGACAUACAUCCAGCCUCACCAGUGACGCUACGGGGCUUCUUCGGCCGGAGACUGAGUAGUGUUGACGAGUCGAACUUGUCACCGCUUGGUACGCCGUUACCACCGGUUUGA